CACUCUCUCGAUCACAAAGUCUUUCUUUGGUCUUAUAGGCUUUUGGUUUAAUUUUUCUCCAAACACAAUGCACUCCACCUUCCUAGAAACAAGCAUUCCUCUGACAGGAAACCCUAAUUUUACUUUUCCCUUUCUUUACUCACAUAUGACUCAAGAUUGUAGUUAUAAUUUUCAAGAUUCUCUUGAUCAAGAUUUUGAAUCUUCUUCAUUUCUUGAUCAGCUUCUUGUUGACUACUCUCCUACCAAUAACAACAACCAUAGUACUUCCCUUUCAGAAAAUCCCAUCAUGCAGGAAAUUAAUAUCAAUAGUGGAAAUCCUGCUAGAUCCUUUUAUGCUACACCACCACACAUUAACCACUUGAAAGAAAAAUCCAAAGUGGGGAUAAAGAAAUUAGAGAAGAUAAAUCAAAGACAUAUUAUUGUUUUUAGAACAAAGACUCAACUUGAGAUCUUGGAUGAUGGAUAUAAAUGGAGAAAGUAUGGGAAGAAGAAGGUGAAAAGCAACACAAAUCCAAGGAAUUACUACAAGUGUUCAAUUGGAGGAUGCAAGGUAAAGAAGAGGGUAGAAAGAGAUGGACAUGAUUCAAGCUAUUUGAUUACAACAUAUGAAGGCAGACACAGCCAUGAAAGCAGCUCCUCUAUCAAUUACAACCAUGAAAUGCCACUCAAUUUCCUCAAUGAAUGGUCGCAUUGCUCUUGUUGAUGAUGAGCAAUUUCAGAUUUUAAAACUUCCAUUAGAAGGCAACAGGGUACCUUUGUGAUUUUUAGCUAGUGCACAAAUAUAUAGAACAUUAUAUUCUUUUAUUUCAUUAGUUAACAUCAUGUGUGACAUAUAUGACUUCUCACAGUUUACAGCUACCAUAUAAUUGUAAUGUCUUAUUGUUGAUUAACUAUGAGCAACACUGUUGUAAGUGUAAA